AUGUGUUUCCCCCCCCCCGCCCCCGUUCCAGAUGUCCCAUGUCGGCUGUCUCUGCUUGCGGCAUCGACCCUUCAGAUUCAAGGGACUGGUCGUGUUGCCCGCUCUUCAGCCCCAUUCCCUUGCCCCUCCCCCAAAGAAAAGAGCGCUGCCAUGCCCAACACUAUACUCUUCUCUGUCCGCAGCCCGCCCAGCCCCCAGAGUGAGCAUGGCCCAUGGCCGGCCAAAACUACAAUCGUCCAUGACCUUCUGUUCACACGUCCACACGAAUCAGAAGACUACUUGGUCCAGCGAGCCACCACCAUGAACGGGCAUGGCUUUCCCUACCCUUCACGGCCCUACCCGGCUGCCCAUAAUCCCUCUGCCAUGAUGGACAUGACGGCCGACGGCAUGUCUGCCUUUGACAUGGAGGGCCAGUCGCUCGACUCCAUCGUGGCCCAGAACGACAAAGAGAACCGGCGGCGCAGCAUGCCCGUCUAUAGCAGAGCGCCGCAGUUAAACAUGGGCAGUCCAGACACGCGACGACUGUCCAUGAUGAAUUUUGGGGAUCCCAACGGAGGCGAAAUGGACGACUUCCAGUUCGACAUGUCUUCUGCCUCCAUGGACAACAUGAUCCGCGCCAACUCCGCUUUUCCACCAACGUCCGCCGACAUGCAGGGCGAGAGGAUGCCUACCACCGAUCUCGCCAUGAACACUCCGUUUCAGAGCCAAAAUUCGCCCUUUUCCGCCAUGGCCGGGCCCGGUUCAGCGUACGCUUCGCCCAUGCAUCAGAAAGAGACUCUGAAUCUCGACAUGGCUGCCUACCCGAGUGGCAUGUCUAUGCCUCUGGACAUGGACGACUCGCUCAACAUGAUGCCCACGGAGAUGAACAUGUUUCCCAACACCCAAUUCAGCACGCCCAUGAUGGACUCGCCCGUUUCCCAGGAAUUUGUCGGGCCCCUGAAUGCAUCCUCGCACGACAACAAUGCUGCCCCGUUACGGCGUCCCGAGCUCUUCAAGCAUCAGUCCUCCAUGAGCCAUGCGUCUGAAUCCCGGCCAGCUGGCGCCCUUCUCAGUCGUACCACCAGCCAGGACCUCGGCAAUCGAUCCGGCCCCAGACCUCAGAGUGAGAAGCACUCGUCCAUGAGUGUGCCAACACGCAUGAGUCUCAACUCUCUACAAGUCCAGCAGCCUAUCGCACAGGAGCCAGCCAUGGACCUAUCCAAGGACGCUAUCAAGAAGCAAUUCGAGAAUUCCAACUUCCCAGUCACUGUCCCUACAGGAGGAUUCCCGUCAACGAUGCACUCGAAUCCCCACAUGAAGACUCAAUUCAAAAAUGCUUAUUCGUCGACAGGAUUCGACAUGUUGGGCGUUUUGAUGAAAGUGGCCUCUAGACCUGAUCCUCAAAUCGAUAUUGGUGCUGUAGACUUAUCAUGUGCCUUUGUUGUGUGCGAUGCUGAAAUGGACGACAUUCCCAUUGUCUACUGUUCCGAAAAUUUUGAGCGACUCACAGGCUACACAAGGCACAUGAUUCUCGGACGUAACUGCCGUUUUCUGCAGUCACCAGAUGGCAAGGUCGAAUCGGGUAUCAAACGCAACUAUGUGGACGACGACUCUGUAUACUACCUGAAGAAGAUGAUUCAAAGUCGAGCAGAAGCACAAAUCAGCCUGAUCAACUACAGAAGAGGAGGCCAGCCUUUUAUGAACCUACUGACCAUGAUUCCGAUUGCCUGGGAGCCAGGUGGUAAGGUGAAGUUUUUCGUCGGCUUUCAAGUCGAUCUUGUGGAACAGCCCAGUGCCAUGACGAACAAGAACUCGGACGGGUCGUACCGAAUCAACUAUCAGCGAGGCAUGUCAAUUCCCAGCUACGUGUUUAGUGAUCAUCACAAACCGCAACAAACCGAAUCGGGUCAAACCAUUUCCAAAGACGAGGUAUCCAAUGUGCUUGCUACGUAUGGCGGAUCGGGUGAUUCCGAGAUGACGCGGAGAAUUUGGGACAAGGUCCUUCUCGAGAAUAGCGAUGAUGUUGUUCAUGUUCUGUCACUCAAAGGUCUCUUCCUCUAUCUCUCACCUGCAAGUAAUCGAAUUCUGGAGUACGAUCCUAGCGAGCUUGUGGGCACAGCCUUGUCAUCAGUGUGUCAUCCUAGCGACAUCGUCCCGGUCACGAGAGAACUCAAGGAGACCACCAACGGUGCAUCGGUGAACGUUGUGUUCAGGAUCCGACGGAAAAAGAGUGGUUACAUGUGGUUUGAAGGCCAUGGUUCACUGCAUACGGAGCAGGGAAAAGGCCGCAAAUGUAUCAUCUUGGUGGGUCGUGAGCGUCCGGUGUACACGCUCUCCAAGACCAUAGUGCGCGAGUCGGGUGGUGUUGGAGACAACGAGCUGUGGACAAAGAUGUCCACGUCUGGCAUGUUCUUAUUCGUGUCGUCAAAUGUUCGUCAGUUACUUGACAAGCAGCCAGACGAUCUGGUCGGCACAAGCAUACAGUCACUCAUGCGCCAAGAAUCCAAGAUUCAAUUCGGGCGCAUCCUAGAGCUUGCAAGAGGGGGACGCAAGGGAGAAGUCAAACACGAAAUGAUUAACAAGAGAGGCCAAGUGCUACAGGCGUUUACGACAAUCUACCCAGGGGAUGCCAUCGAAGGCCAGAAACCAACGUUCGUGGUUGGUCAAACGCGAUUGCUCAAGUAUUCGAGGAAUGCCAGUGCCGGUCGCCCCUCGAUGUACCUGAACAAUAAUCGAGAGCGUGACUGUCAUCAAUCGGUACAUACACAGUACUCGGGAGGAUCUCCAGCUCCUGGCUCGCUUACCGCCAAUACUGGCAACACAACCCCGAUGACCUCAGCAACGAACCCUCUCUUCAUCACCACGGAGGAAUCGCCGGCUACAUUUGCUGGGCAUAAUGGCUUGCAGCUCGGCCAUCAAGACCAAAGCCUUGCGUCGGACGACAAUGUAUUUGAUGAAUUGAAGACGACACGGAGUACUAGCUGGCAAUACGAGUUGCGGCAGAUGGAAAAGCGCAAUCGGUAUCUGGCGGAGGAGGUGCAAAGUCUAUUGGCUGCCAAGAAGAAGAGAAAGCGGAGAAAGGGCGCGGGCCAAAUGCAGAAGGACUGUGCCAACUGUCAUACCAGAACCACGCCAGAAUGGCGAAGGGGUCCUUCUGGGAAUCGAGACUUGUGCAACUCGUGUGGACUGCGGUGGGCGAAGCAGCAAGGCCGAGUGUCUCCCAGAACGUCGUCAGCAGCUAGCGACAAGAGCAAAAAGAGUGCCUCGUCGCCACGACACCUUCAAGGUCACGCAACCAUGCUGCCGCACCCGAAGGCCGAGACUGGCCCUUCGUCAACGACGACUACACAGUCUACCAAGCGAUCCCCCCAAGACGGUGGCCUUGGCGAGCCUCAUGCUGCGAAGUCACAACGCACAGAAGGUGGGACAUCACAAGGCUUCGUCCCGCAGCCUGUGAUUGAUGAAGUCGCAGAGCCGGAGUGA